AUGACAUCGUCAACUCAUUCUGCUCAACGUAAAGUACAGACUGAACAGGAAUCUUUGGAAAAUUUUAAGAAGCUAGAUAUUGGUUAUCGAUUUUGUUGGAAAUUUUGUCCGAAAUUUGAUGAUGAAGAAACUUGUGUAUGUAACCAAAAUAAAGAUAUUCAUAAAGAUCAAACAGGCAAAAAAGGAGAUAAAUGGAAGAUGUCGAAAAAUACUAAGGAACAAUUUAACAAUGAAUACUUUGGUACACUCUUCAAGAAUGCUUCAUAUGUUCGUCUUGAUAUAGAUACAAAAUUAACUAAAGUUGAAAAACUUCUUUUAGAGUUUUGGGAUAUUCCAAAACCUAAUUUGAUUAUGUCAAUUAUUGGUGGCGCAAAAUAUUUUACAUUAAAAGAUGAACUUGAAUCAAUUUUUAUUAAUGGUGUUAUGGAUGUUGCUGUUAAGUCAAACGUAUGGAUGAUUACAACUGGAUAUAAUGUUGGUAUUGUUCAACUUCUUGGACAAGCAAUUAGUAAAGUCAAAUUAAAAGAUCCAAAUCAACAAUUGAUUGUUAUAGGUAUUUGUAAAUGGGGAAGUAUUAAAAAUGUUAAAACAUUAACAGGCAUAGACGAAGAAAAAUAUCAGAAAAAUAAACGUAGAUUUAAAGAAUCAGAUGAUGAAGAAGCAGCUGAUAAACUGAAAAGUGGUGAAUGUAAUCUUGAAAAAAAUCAUAGUCAUUAUCUGAUGGUAGAUGAUGGAAGAUAUCGAUAUUUUAAUACAGAAAAUUUUCGGACACGACUAUGCCAACACAUGGUAAAUGUAGACACGAAGAAUGAUGUUCACACUCCUGUUGUCACUAUCGUAGUUGAGGGUGGUCUUGAUACUAUAGCAAAUAUAUAUAAUGAUUUAAAAAACGAUAUUCCUAUUGUUAUUAUUAAAGGUAGUGGUCGUGUUGCUGAUUUUUUUGGUCGUUGGUUAUUGGAUGCAAAAAUCGUCGAAAAUGAUUCUGAACAAGGUAAAAUAGCAUAUGAAAUCGAUGAAUUAAAUAGAACAAAAACUGAAACAAAACCAGUUUCAAAAAAUGAAAUAAGACCAAAAUCGAAAAAAAGAAUUGAUAUACAUGCUGAACUUCAUCUUGAUUCAUCUAUAAAACAACUUCGUACACUAUUUAGCAAAUAUGAGAAAGACCUUAAAGAAGAUUUAAAAAAUAUUUUAUCUCGUGAAGAUGAUUCAAAGAAAAAUCGUACAAAUUCAAGUACUGGAAACAAUGAUUCUGAUGAAAAACUAGAACUUGCACUGGAUCAAGUUAUGUAUUGUCUACAGCCAGCUGUUCGUUCUCAAAUAACUGUAUUUAACAUAAAUUCAGAAACUGAUUUAUCAGAAAAAAUUUUUGAAAGUAUUUGUAAAUCAUUUCAAAGAUCAUCAAAAGACAGUGAUGAAGAACGAAUUAAACGAACACCAUUUCUUAAAUUAGCAAUGGAUUGGGGUUGUAUACAUGUUGCAAAAGAAUUUAUUUUUCAAAAUUCAUUAGAUUAUAUUACGGAUCCAGACGAAGCUUUUCUAACUGCUUUAAAAAAAAAUUUACCGGCAUUUGUCUGUGAAUUUCUCAAAAUAGGAAUUGAGCCAGCUGAUAUAUUCUUUCCAACAAAACAAUUUACUGAAGGAGACAAUCGAUAUGCUAAAUUUAUCGAAGAGCUUUAUGAUGAUGUUUUAAAGACGAGUAUCGAUGAAACUCAUUUAAAAUAUUUUAUCGAAGAUAGUGUUAAUAACUCUGACAAAAAAAUUGGUUCUGUUGUAUCACUUAAUGCAGUUCUCGAGGAGCUUAUUGGUGAUUAUAUGCAUAAACUUUAUUUUGAAAGCGAAGAGGAUGAAGAAAAAGAUCGAAUAAAAUGGGGAUUAAUGCAAAGUUCUGUAAAAUCAAAAACAGAUACAAAUAAAGAUAUUGAAAAUAAUAAAUCUUCAUCAAAUGAACAAAAAAAACAAAAAGCAAAAAAAUAUAUAAUGCGUGAUUUAUUUUUAUGGGCUAUACUAAUGAAUCGUAUUGAUAUGGCGAAAGUCUUUUUAUCUCAUUUGAAAUAUCGAAUAUGUCCAGCAUUGAUUGCAACAAAAAUUUUAAAACAAUAUCAUUCAAAAGCACAUUAUGGUGAUUUAAAAAAAGGCUAUGAAAAAGAUGCAACAUAUUUUGAACAAUAUGCAAUUGAUUGUCUCGAUAAAUGUGAUGAUAAUAAUGCCGAUCGAGCUUGUGUACUUGUUAUACAACAAAAUGAACUUUAUGGAUAUGUUACUUGUCUUCAAGUUGCUUCUGAUGCGCAAGAUAUAUUAUUUAUUUCAGAACCAGCUUGUGUACAAGCUAUGAAGAAUAUUUGGUUUGACAAACUUCAUCCAGAACAAACAAGUAAAACGAACCAAUCAGCUGUGUUUUGUAGUUUUAUUUCACUUGGUCUUUUGGCUCCUGUUGUUGUUGAAUAUCGAGAAAAAGAACAGAUGAUAAAAGCUCAUGAAUCGCCUAAAUCGACUUUGGAAUCAUAUGGCGUAAAUUAUUGUGAUCCAUAUCCACUUGAAUAUCCUCGUUAUUUUAAAUCAAAUCUUACAUUAAAUGAAUAUAUACAUCGAUUGAAACAUUUCCAUUUGUCGUUAUUGGUAAAAUUUUGUUAUCAUGUGAUAACAUAUAUUUUUUUUCUUUUACUCUUCUCGUAUGUUCUUUUGUUCAAUUUCUCACCACCAAAACCUCAAAGUCCAUCGAUACAUUGGACUGAAAUAUUAACAAUUAUUCUUGUUUCAUGUAUGUUAAUACAAGAAUUUCAUUAUUUUUUUACUCAAGAUAAUUUAACGUUUUCUGGAAAAUUUAAAAAUUCUUUUCGCGAUUUUUUUAAACCAAUGACUACACUCGCAUUUAUUCUUUUCUAUAUUGGAUUAAUUCUACGAUUUGCGUAUGCAGAUUCCGAAGAAAAAUUUAUUGCUGCUAGAGUAAUUAUGGCUUACGAUAUAGAACUAUGGUGGCUUCGUUCUUUAUCAUUUAUUAUCGUUAUACCAUUUCUUGGACCACAUCUUGUAGCUAUUGGACAAAUGGUUAAAGAUCUUUUAUUUUUCAUGUGUAUCAUUGCAAUUGUUAUGAUUAGCUAUGGUGUUGCAUCUCGUUCAAUGGUUUAUUAUCCAAUAGUGAACAAUUUUACAACGGAAACAGGUGGUCCUAUAGAUACUAGUUUUGAUGGUAGAAAUGUUUUUCGUCAAAUUAUAUAUCCUGUUUAUUAUUUAUUACAUGGAGAAUUUGGUAACGAACGAUUAAGUCUUGAGAGUAAUCCUAAUGCUGGAUGGUCAAUUACAACUCAAAUAUUGCUUGCUAUUCAUAUGUUAUUUGUUAAUAUUUUACUUAUUAAUCUGCUUAUUGCAAUGUUUAGUAAACGAUUUGAUAAAGUUUAUGAAGAUACAAAACAUAUUUGGCAUUCACAACAAUAUUUAUUUACACGUGAAUAUUUCACACGUUCACCAUUUUUACCACCAAUAAGUCUUAUUUAUGAUAUUUAUUAUUUAUUUCGUAUGUUUGUCUUUUUUAUAAGACAAAACGUUUUUGACCUACCAACAGAUCGUCAGGCUACAGUAUUUAAAAUGAUUGCGAAAAAUAAAUCUCUUCUAGAAGAAUGGCGCGAAUUUGAAGGUGCAUCAACAUAUGAAUACGCUCAUGCUCAACUAAAAGUACCAAAAGAUAUAUCAACGAAAUCAUCAAAUGGAUCAGACUCAUCGAGUAAAGAAAAAAAAGAAGAUGUGACGGAUAAUCGUAAUGAUUUAAAUGAUACUAUGGAUAAUUUGAAAGAAGUACAAGAGAAGAUGUCGGAAUUACGUUCAUCAAUUAAUGGAAUGAAACGAAGAUUUACAAAUUAUUUUACAGAAUCCGAUAAUGAUAACACUUAA